GAGAGAUGAGACACCCAGAGAACUGACAGGCGGAUUAACCAUAUUCAGUAGAAUCAUUGUUAAUAUCGUUGUAAUUGCUCCAUUUUGACCAGCACAAUGUUUCAAGUGGUUCGAACAGUGCUGGUUCUGGUGUGUGCAUGUGCUGCCUCGGCUGGGAUCAACAACGCUACACUGAAGGAGACAGAAAAGCCUGUUACGAUAAGAGAAAGGGGAUUCCUUCUACGUGAAUAUACAAUGCCAAAUACGGUUCCUGAAAGAAAUAACAGAAACAACAGUAUGUUGAUGCAUAAUGAAACCAACAGCAACGGAACGGGGGGGCUGAAUGUAACCAGUACCAAGAGGGUGGAAAUCUCAGAAGAAGCGCUGUUGUUUCUCAAAGGCUCUGUGUCCACCAUCCUCAUCCCUUCCUUCUACACACUGGUCUGCCUCAUCAGCUUGCCAAUCAACAUCUGUGCAGUGGUGGCCUUCACUCUGAGAAUCAAACCCAAGAAUGCGGCGGCCAUCUACAUGUUGAAUCUGGCCUGUGCCGAUCUGCUCUUUGCUGUGCUGCUCCCCUUCAAGAUCUCCUACCACUUUGGAGGCAACAACUGGAUAUUCGGCUCGCUCAUGUGCCGCGUGGUCACUGCAGCCUUCUACUGGAACAUGUACUGCUCUGUUCUGCUCAUAACUUGCAUUAGUGUGGACCGUCUCCUUGCUGUAGUCUAUCCUAUUGACUCUCUGUCUUGGCGGAGGCCAAAGAACGCAUUCAUGGCCUGCGUCGCCAUGUGGAUAUUGUCCUUCGCUGGCACUGUGCCCCUUGUCCUCCACGACCAGACUUUUCCCCUCAGUCAGCUGAACAUCACCACCUGCCACGACGUCCAGUCUGUGCACGAGAUAAUCUGGUACUACAAGAUCUACUUCAUUGCCCUGUGCUGCGCCUUCUUCUUCCUGCCUCUGCUUAUCACAGUGGGGUCCUACACUCGUGUGAUCUGGGCACUGAGCAGAGUCCCACACGGCGUUCCAGGACGUUCACGGAGGAGAACAAGAGCAGUGGUGAUGGCUGGAACAGUGCUGGUGAUAUUUGUGCUGUGUUUCACACCCACACACUGUCUACUGAUGGCCCACUAUCUGCAAUUUAACGGAGGUGCUGAGGCGAUCCAAGAGAGCACUGAUGGCUCUUACGCAGCCUAUCUGGUGUUAAUGUGUUUAGGAAGCCUGAACUGCCUCCUGGAUCCCCUGGUCUAUUACUUUGGCUCAUCCCAGUGCAAGAAACAACUAUCCAGCACACUGAGGUGUGAGAAGAUUUUGGAGGGCUUUAGUGGACAUUCCUUUACUGGCCUCAGUAGUCGCUUAACAAGGAAGAGAACAACCAGAUCCAGUGACCUACAGGUUGACUACCACCCAGCCUGCAUACCAUAAAAUCUCCCUUUUUCGAGGCAAAAUGAAAAUCUGUUUUUUUUCCAAACCAAAUGCUUUCAAUCAGUUAAAACAGAUAUACUAUACGACCAACAUUGCAGAAUAGUUGGAUGGCUCGGUCUGGUUGACAGUGGUCAACAAGCAAUGGCACCCUAAACAUGUGCUCAAUUUAAUAACAAUGCUUCCUCUGCCUCUGUCUUCCCAGAGUUGGGGCGAUCACAGACGUAUGUCAUGAAACCACAUUCCAUUUAGUCUGAAAACCAGCUAAUUUUAUUGAAUGACUUAAGCAAAGUGCAAACAAUGUUUAAACUGUCUCGAUCUAGUUAAUUUUGUUUUAUAACUGCUUUGAGGUAAUUUGAUAGAAAUUCUAAAAGUGUUCCCGGUUUUAUGAAAUUUGAAAUUGAGAAGCCUUAUAUAUAUAAAGGCAUUUACUAGAGAUGAGCCGGAUACUCGGCUGAAACGAGUAACCGGUACGGAUAAAGCACUAUUGCCGAGCACGAGUAUUAUACGAGUAAUACGAGUCAAUAUCUCGGCUCGGACUGAAUGAAAAUCCUCACACAGCGUCACAGCGCUCCUCCCCUUCACAAACCGCUCUGCUCACUCACUCACAGAACAGCUCUCUGUCUCUCAGUCACUCAGGUUCGCAGGUCUUUUCUGUUAACGUUUAGGGUUUCUUCAGCUUGAAGUUUGUUUUUAUUUCAGUUUGUACUUACUUAUUAACCAGUAGAGUUCUGUUAAACGUGGGUUCGUUCAGACGUGGUGCUGGUAGAAAGCGACUCGCGUUGCGUCUCUGCCUGUCAGAGAUUUUUUUUUUUUUUUAAAUAGUAUUUUUUUUUUACUUCACGCAUUGAGUGUCUGACUACUCUCUAGCGUCUGGCUACUCUGUCUCUCUCUCUCUCUCUCUCUCUCCCUCUCUCUGCCGGUCGUUGGAGUUUUUUGUUUUUUUUUAAACCGUCAGUUGGCUCUAACCAGUUUUAUUUUAGUGUCUGACACUUUCUAGGUAGUAGUGGUAUAAAAAAUAUUACAAAUUAAGCUACACACACACAUUAUAUAUUAUAUAUAUUAUAUUAUAUUAUAUUACAUUUCGUUUCAUAAUUGCAACAACAUGUGUUGUAUUCAUUGUUGCAAAAAUUGUUCUGUAAAUAAUUUGUUUGCUAUUGUGAUCAAAAUCAUUGAUCUGAAGCUCAAUGCUGAUGCUGUCCUGUAAUAGCUUUCUAAUCAGCAAUAAAUAUAACAAUUUCUGAUCAACCCAAUCAAUUGCAUGCUUAAAAUAACAUACUGGUUAAAGCCCCGCCCGUUUCAAGACAACCCGGCCUACUUCCGGGUUAAAUCCAGCCCACGUCCGGGUUAAAUCACACCCACUUCCGGGUUAGGCCCCGCCUACUCCGAGUACGGAUACGGAUACAGAUAAUUCAUAUGGUUAACAGAUACAGAUACAGAUACAGAUAAUGCUGUACUCGCUCAUCCCUAGUAUUUACCUAUAGAAUGCAGCUGAAAAUAUACCAUAUAACUAUACUGCAAUCAGUAAUGUAAUCCUGUAUUCAAUUCAUAUAAUGUUAGAUAUAUUAUGCAAUGAUUGUUGAUAACAUUGUUGUAAUAAUCUAGCACAGAUUACUGAGCAUUUUCUUGAGUAUAUUUAUUGAACAUACUUCUCUUAAUAUUGAAAAUUCAUAAUAAUCAUGAUACUUGUUCAUGGACAUCUCCCAUAGGGGUGGGGUCUGCUAAACGUAAAGAUACUAUCUGGUCUGAUUGUGUGUGUUUGUGCAUGCGCAAGAAUUGUCAUACUCUCUUCGCUUGUCUGCUUCCUCUCCCCUUGAGACCUUUUUGCUAAAACAACUCACACUAAUUCACACACAAGCGCAUACACACACAAACCUACAACAAUAACAUGACUAAAGCCAAACCCUUCCAUUUUAUAACCCUUGCAUUUGUCCCAUGUUGACAUUAUACUGACACCACUUGUUUUAUUUUAAAAGUUCAUAAUCUGCUGAUUGCUCAUUUUACAUCACGUUUCCACUACAUUGAGACAUGUUACACGCUGUGUGAUAAGCAAGGUUUUUAUCUAAGCUGAAUUUAAAGAGAAUCAUUAGCUGGGUGAAGGUUUCAUGGUUUUGUCAUCUGUUUAUUUCCGCUUCUGUCUGAAGAGUAUUUUUUUUGUAUAAUCAUGCCUCCUUCUGUUUCAUGUUUAUCCUUGUGUUUAUGUUUGUAUAUGAGCAGUUUCUCUGUCAAAUUUUUUCUCACUCCCUGUGUUCUGCUUCCUGUUUUAUUUUGUAGUAUCACUCCUUGUGUGUCUUCUUUGUCACUUCCUGUCUUUGUGAUUGUCUGCACCAGGCCUCAUGUGUUCAACCUGUGUUCAAUUGACCUUGCCUUCCCUGUGUAUAUAAGUCUCUGUGCUUCCCCUUGUCCUUGUCGGUUCGUCGUUGUUGAUGCAUCGUCGCCUGUGCCGGUCAUCCUCUGCCUUAUAUCUGUCUCUAGUAAGUUCCUGGUGCAUUCCCCCAUGUCCUCUUGUUUUAUUCAUUUUUGACUUUUUUGAGAUUUCUCGGUUUGUAGUUUUCUCUGUUGAACAUUUCCCAUUAAAAGGACACUUUUUGUUUAAAACUCUACCUCUGCUUCUUGGGUCCACCUGCUUAACAUAAAACUGACUGAAGGGCUUUUUUGAAGUUUGAAAAUUGAUAUCGAAAAUUGACGAUGGAUGAGCACCAUUGGCUGAACUUUGCAUAUGAUCAGGAGAUUACAGGGGAGUUUGACAAUUACUUUGAGGAGAAGUUUUAUUUAUAACAAGCAGGAGCCCUGGCGAGGCGUCCCAGGCCCUGUGUGAGUCAACUCUGUGUAAACUGGGGGACACACCUCCCCUAGUUUUCUCCGUCCUUGUUACGGAUCUGAUGGAGUUGGGAGACGUGAGCAGCAGCUGUGGAGGUAAAAACUGUGGCCUCAGGCUUUCUUGAACAUUGCUGUCAACAAUACUGCCUGUGAGAGGAACCAAUAUACUGAUUGAUUCAGUGAGGUCAAGGUAAAUGGUUUAUAUUCAUAAAGAGCUGUGAUCCUUGAUUUGUUAUACAUUUUUA